AUGCAGCAAAAUCCAAAACCGAGCGGACACCAGAGCAGCAAGCGCGGGACCGUCGGGAAAAGGAAAUCCGUUCAUAACGAAGGCCUACAACAAAGGAAUAUCUCGGAGCUUUUCUCGAGCGGCAAUCAGCAAUCGUCCUCGUCAACACCAGCGUCCACGGCGAAACGCCUUCGAAGUUCGACUUCCCCGAGCAGACCGAGUAGAGAUAAUUUGAGUUCGGCGGAUAAGAUGUACAAUUUUUCGUCAAGUUCGGAGUCUCCCAAGGCGGCUGACAGGUUCUCGCGGAAGAUUGGGGGGCCUACUGUUGUGUCGCGACCGAGCAAUUUCACGCCACAUACAGGUGCCAAAAGACUGGUCGUUAAGAAUCUUCGCUCGGGGCCUCGGCUGAAUCAGGAUGAAUAUUUUGAUGGUAUCUGGACUCGAUUGUCGGCUGCAUUAGAUACGAUUUUUGACGGAGGAAGGCCCGCUGCUUCGCUUGAGGAAUUGUAUAAAGGCGCAGAGAAUGUUUGCCGUCAAGGCCGAGCGGCAAUUUUGGCAAAGAAGCUACAGGAGCGAUGUAAAAGCUAUGUAGUGGACAAUCUACGACAGAAUAUGGUGGCUAGGGCAAAGGACGGGGCUGAUAUUGAUGCAUUGCGGUCCGUGGUCGAUGCGUGGGCAGCAUGGAAUACGAAGCUGGUUACUAUUCGAUGGAUAUUCUACUAUCUAGAUCAGUCAUUUUUAUUGCAUUCAAAAGACUACCCUGUUAUCAACGAGAUGGGAUUGAACCUAUUCCGGACACAUAUUUUCCUCGACGAAGCGCUGAAGCCGAAGAUACUACAAGGUGCUUGCAAUAUGUUUGCAGACGACAGAGCCAGCACAGGAGACAAGUCACAGGCUGAUUCGGAUCUUUUGCGUAAAGCAAUUGCCUUGUUUCACGAUCUUGGCGUUUAUACCCGUCACUUUGAACAUCUCUUCCUCUCCGAAUCCGAAGCUUUUCUCAAAACAUGGUCGAAUAAGGAAGCCGAGAGUCAGUAUAUCGGAACAUACGCUGAGAAUAGCCACCUGCUCAUAGAGCAAGAGUUGACUCGAUGUGAGCUGUAUGCAUUGAAUCAGAACACUCAACAGAGCCUGUCGGCGCUCUUUGAUGAGUAUUUGGUGAGAGAUAAGGAGGAUGUACUGUUAUCAGAGUCCGAUUUAAAGGGCUUGAUGACAACUGAGAACAAACACGCCCUGGGACGGAUUUACUCGCUACUGGAACGAGUCAAGCUAGGCCAUAGGCUCAAACCGUCGUUCAGCAAAUACAUAGAAGAGCAAGGAGCGACUGUAGUCUUUGAUACAGAGCGGGAGUCUGAAAUGGUUGUUCGGCUACUCAAUUUCAAGCAACAGCUUGAUGAUACCUGGGCAGAAUCCUUCCACAAAGACGAGUCGCUUGGUCAUACCCUUCGCGAAGCAUUUGAGCAUUUUAUGAACAUGACUAAGAAAACGCAGGCCAGCUGGGGUACAGACAAUUCCAAGACUGGAGAAAUGAUUGCGAAAUACGUGGAUAACCUACUCAAAGGUGGAUUAAAGGUUAUUGGCAAGCAAGCAGAGGACGCUGAAUUGGCAGACGAAGACACGGAGAUCAACAAGCAGUUGGACAAGGUUUUGGAUCUGUUCCGAUUUGUGCACGGCAAAGCUGUUUUCGAAGCCUUUUACAAGAAUGAUCUCGCUCGACGGUUGCUUAUGGGUCGAAGUGCCAGUGAUGACGCAGAAAAGAGCAUGCUGGCUCGACUAAAGACAGAAUGCGGUUCUAGUUUUACUCACAAUCUAGAGGCCAUGUUUCGAGAUAUGGACUUGGCCAGGGAUGAGAUGAGCUCUUACAACGCUUACAAGACACAGCGGCGCGACAAAUUCAGUCUGGAUCUUUCGGUCAAUGUGCUAUCUGCUGCUGCAUGGCCCACGUAUCCAGAUGUUCCAGUUCGGAUUCCACCGGAUAUUGCCAGAGCCAUCAAUGACUUCGAGCAAUACUAUCAUACCAAACACAAUGGACGAAAGCUGAGCUGGAAACAUCAAUUGGCGCAUUGUCAGCUACGGUCACGAUUCGACAAGGGCAACAAGGAAAUUGUUGUCAGCUCAUUCCAGGCGAUCGUGCUGUUGUUGUUUAAUGAUGUAACAGAUGGAGAGACAUUGAGCUACAGUCAGAUCAAGGAAGCUACAGGGCUGUCUGAUCCCGAACUCAAGCGAACCCUGCAAUCAUUAGCAUGCGCCAAGUAUCGAGUACUCACCAAAAAACCCAAAGGCAAGGAUGUCAACGACACUGACGAAUUUGCCUAUAACGGCGCCUUCCAAGACCCCAAGAUGCGCAUCAAGAUCAACCAGAUCCAGCUCAAAGAAACCAAAGAAGAAAACAAGACGACCCACGAACGAGUAGCGGCUGACCGACACUACGAGACUCAAGCGGCGAUUGUGCGUAUCAUGAAGAGCCGCAAGACCAUUACGCACGCAGAGUUGAUUGUGGAAGUGAUCAAGGCGACUCGCAGUCGUGGUGUGUUGGAGCAGGCGGAAAUCAAGAAGAAUAUCGAAAAACUCAUUGAGAAAGACUACAUGGAGCGCGAGGAAGGAAAUCGAUACAGCUAUUUGGCAUAG